AUGGACGUCGACGAGAAUCCGGGUGAACUCAAGAUCAGGGGACAGGCUGCGGCUGAGAAGCGGAAGACUAAGUGGGAUGAAGACGAUCAGGAGAUGCCUGACCAGGCGGAACUGGAGCGAAGAGAAAGCGAACUCAAGGAAAGAGCCCUGCGCAACAAGGUCGUAAGAACGAGGAAGGGCAGCGCGAAUCUCGGAGGCAGUGGAAGUGGCAGUGGCUAA